AUGGGUCUAGUGGCUGGUAAACCAGCGAGAAAGAGUGAGGCAGCUCCUGAGCUUCAGUAUCUGCCACCCCCCCUGAAAGCCGGUGACAGUAUCAGCGUCAUUUUUCCUGCGGGUUACGUACGUGAGCAGGCCGUGCUUGACUGGGGGUUGCAACUCCUAAAGAAAUGGGAUCUCAACCCAGUCUUCCACCAAGACUUGGAUGCCAGGCUUGGCUACCUGGCCGGAUCUGACGCCGCUAGAGCUCAAGCAGUCAUUGACGCGUUCACGAGUAGUGCCACAAAGGCCGUGAUAUGCGGACAAGGCGGAUAUGGCUGCACACGGAUACUCCCCCUCCUAGAAGGAAAGAUUCCUACGGAGGCCCUCAAGAAGAAGCGCUUCUUUGGCUUCAGCGAUGUCACGGCUCUGCACAGCUUCUUCCAGCGCCAGCUCCCCGGUCUAGUUACAUUCCACUCGCCCAUGCCAGCAACGUCCCUCCUCGCCCAAGGCACUAAAGACAGCCAAGACGCCUUAUAUGACGCUCUUUUUGGGAAGGCUCUUGCGCUGGCAUGCCCCGCCCUCCAUGGGCGGACACUGCAAAUUGGCCGAGCGGAGGCUACAGGAGGAGUCGUGACGGGUAGAGUGGUCGGAGGCAACCUGACGCUUGUGACCGCUCUGGUUGGAACGCCUUGGGAAGUGGACAUGAAGGGCGCCAUCUUGCUAAUCGAAGACGUUAACGAAGCCGGAUAUAGAAUAGACCGUAUGCUUACGCAGUUAAAUCAGGCACACGGAGGUAAGUUGUUCGAGCUCAUAGCUGGCUUAGUCGUAGGAGACGUUGGAGACGAUUUAAUCGACGACUCAAAGCAACUCGGAGAUGAUGUGGACGAAUCGGACUGGUAUUGGCUGAAAUUGUUGGGGCUUCCUGCGACCCUCCCCAUACUUACCGAGAUACCAAUCGGUCAUAUUAAAGAAGCCAAAACAGCGGCCUUGGGAGCAAACGGCCGACUUGACCUUGUUGGACAGAAACUUAUAGUAGGCGUUAAUGAUCUUCUCUAGCCGUAUUAAGGCUUCAACACGGCUGCAAUCAAUAUGCAGUCGCAUCCCUUCAAGGUAUAGACGGUCGAGGUCAAGUUGUAAAUAGAUUAUUGCUUGGAGUAGUAUAUGCCAUGGGCAGAGUAGGUCGGAAACUUGAC